GCCACCAUGGUGCCCUCCUGGCCGCUGCCCGGGGCCUGCUGGGCUCUGCUCACCUUCUGCUGUGUGCUGCCCUCAGGUACCCAGGGGCAGGAGUUCCUGCUGCGGGUGGAGCCCCAGGACCCAGUGCUUCCUGCUGGAGGGUCCCUCCUGGUAAACUGUAGUACCCGUUGCCCCCAUGCUGAGCUCAUCAGUCUGGAGACGUCUCUGUCAAAGGAAUGGGCAGGUAAUGGCCUGGGCUGGGCAGCCUUCUGGCUCAGCAACGUGACUGAUGACAGCCGCGUCCUCUGCUCCAGCUUCUGCAAUGGCUCCCAGAUGAUCAGCUCCUCUGGCAUCACUGUGUACCGGUUCCCGGAGUCCGUGGAGCUGGCGCCCCUGCCCCCCUGGCAGCCCGUGGGCAAGAACUUCACCCUGCACUGCCAGGUGGUGGGCGGGGAGCCCCGGGCCCACCUCACCGCAGUGCUGCUUCGCGGGGAAGAGGAGCUGAGCAGACAGCUGGUAGUGGGGAAGCCUGCCAAUGUCACGGCCACGGUGCUGGCGAGCAGAGGUGAUCACCGCGCCAAUUUCUCUUGCCGCACAGAACUCGACCUGCGGCCCCUAGGACUGGUACUGUUCCAGAACACCUCGGCCCCCCGACGCCUCCGAACUUUCGUCCUGCCCGCGACCGCUCCACGCCUCGAGGUCCCCCAGUUCUUGGAAGUGGGAACAUCAUGGCAGGUGGACUGCACCCUGGAGGGGCUGUUCCCUGCCUCUGAGGCCCAUGUCCAACUGGCGCUGGGGAACCAGAUGCUGAAACCUGUAGUCAAAAGCCACGGGGACACGCUCAUGGCCACGGCCAUGGCGCGUGCCGAUCAGGAGGGUGCCUGGGAGAUUGUGUGCAACAUGACCCUGGGGGGCGAGAGUCGCGAGGCCCACAGCUUGACAGUCUUUGGUUUCCUAGGGCCCAUUCUGAAGCUGAGUGAGCCCAACGUCACCGAGGGGUCCACAGUGAAUGUAACUUUAGAGGCCGAGGCCCGAGUCUAGAUCAUGCUGGACGGGGUUCCACCCGCGAGGCCGGGGCAGCCCGCCCAGCUUCAGCUAAAUGUCACCGAGAGCGCCGACGGGCGCAACUUCUUCUGUAAUGCCACCCUCCAGGUGGACGGGGAGAUCUUGCACAGGAACAGGAGCAUUCAGCUGCGUGUCCUGUACGGUCCCAAGAUUGACCAAGCCAAAUGUCCCCAGCGCUUGGCGUGGAAAGAUAAAACUACGCAUGUCCUGCGUUGCUAGGCCCCGGGCAACCCGGUCCUCCAGUUACGGUGUUUGCAGGAAGGCUCCAGUCUUGAGUUGCCCGUCGGGAUCCCAUUCUUCGUAGGCAUUUAUCACUGCUGGGCGGGCCGGGCCCGUGGGCACUACACCCUGGUCGUGGUGACAGAUGUUCAGGAUCGGAACUCUCGCUCCGUCAACGUCGUCAUGGGGGUGUUGGUGAUCCUGGGAGUGGUGGUUGUCACAGGGGCCUUAACGUACGUCUUCGGGAUGAAGCGGAGCGGCAUCUACCACGUGAAACAGGAGAGCACCUCGCUGCCCCUCACGUCUGUACAAUCCAAUGGGGCCAACGAGGCGGUGGAGCUGCGGGACCCCUGGGAUCCUGAGCCAAAGAGGACUGGGGUUUUGGCUGUAUCCCCGGGUUCCGCAUCAAUAAAGCCUUUAGACUCCCUUGUCUGUGGCUUGAUUCCACGCGCGUCCCGCGACAACCGCCCUGCGCGUGCACUGAAUGGAACCGCUGAGGCGGAAGGGGGAGGAGCUUAUAGCGCCCAGACGGGACUUGAACUCUGA